GUUAUAGUGUACUCAAUAGCACUUAAAAACAUUUUGUGCAUUCAUUUUGUGUUAACAUUGAAAAUAAAUUGUUAUUCAAAAAUAUUUUAAAAUUUAUAUUUAUAAUUAAAAUCACAUUUUUGUUGUAAUAUUAAUUUAUUAAAAUUACAUUAUUUAAUACAAAUGGCCAUCAAGAAGGUAAUUAUUUUUGGUGCCACUGGUAUGACAGGUAUUCCCACUGUCCAGAGUGCGCUUAGUAAAGGCUAUGAAGUGACGGCAUUCGUGAGGGACAGCACUAAACUGCCGGCUGAUGUCCGGCCCACACAUGUAGUGGUGGGCGAUGUGACUAAUCGGGCGGACGUCGACCGGGCAGUGGAGGGUCAGGAGGCGGUGAUUGUGGUGUUGGGCACCCGUAACGAUCUGAGCCCCACCACAGUCUUGUCAGACGGCACCCGUAAUAUCAUCGCCGCAAUGGCCGCACACAAUGUACAGCGUAUCGCGUGUUGCCUGUCCUACCACGAGCGUAUGCUGGAGGCGCUGCGCGCGUCAGACCGCCAGUGGGUAGCCGUGUGUCCGCCACAUAUCGAGGACAGUCCAGCCCGUGGUAAUUAUACACUAAAAACUGACGGCCCCGUCGGUCGCAUUAUCACCAAGGGCGAUUUGGCACAGGUAUUGGUUGAUGCCGGUGCUUUGAAUGCGAUAACAAGAUGCUCCGUUACAACUGUUGGCGGCGGUCACUAUUUUACGCACCGGCGGUUGCAAUCGUUUAGAUACGGGUGUAUAACUAGACCGGCGCCGAUAAUAAAGGCGCCGGCUGUGCAAAAAUCAUGCCUACCAGUGCCCUCCCGGCUCAUGGAUGCCGUUGUGAUCACCCUAUCUAUAGUAGUGUUGACAAUAAACUCGAGCUCCGGGCACGAGGUGUUCGCCGCCUCAGCCUUCCGGGGCUUUCAUAGGUUUUUUCAAGUCAUACAGAUUCUGACACUCAAUAAACAACUACAGCCGUGGAAAGUGCUAUCGUCGGUGAUCUACGACCAGAGGGAACAGUUGUCUAUUACCAACAAUUUGAUCGAAAACAACAUGUCUUCGAAGAAACCAUCGAUGUUUGAAAUGCAUUUUCUAAUCAGAAACUCCUACCCAUUCGGUGUCCCGCAAAAUGUGCUGGGUGAUUCGGCAUCAGUUGAUUACCCAAAGUUCAAACAGUGGCCAAACAGUGACGAAGUGUUCCGAUCUGUGGCACAGUAUGACACCGAUAGCCAUACGCUGUUGUGUGCGUUCAGUGCCGACCCGCGCACCGGUUCCGCUCCAAUCGAUACCAUCACUAGCCUUACCCUCCCUGUUGUCGACGCCCUCUAUAGACAGGCAGUGCAUCGCAAGUUUGUCCGCAAAGCAUAUGAUGGUCAGGUCGACGAUAUGUGUGGGCCGGCGCAUGUAGUGCAGGGCUCUCCGCCAGUAGCCGACGGGCCGUCGAUUAUGACUGUUAUUGCUGACCAUAUUGUCCACAAUACCGGCGCACCGAUCGCUGGCCCGCUAUUGGCUGCUAAUCAGCGAAAAUGUGAUAAU